UCACGUGACUCUGUGUUUCCCUGCUAACAACAUGGCCGCCGAGGAUCUGCCGUCUGAUUUUGACGUCGUCAUUCUGGGGACAGGUCUGGCUGAGUCGGUGGUGGCAGCAGCCUUCUCCAGAGUCGGUCAGAGAGUUCUUCAUCUCGACAGGCGAAGUUAUUAUGCAGCUAACUGGGCCAGCUUCACCUUCAACUCUCUGCUCACCUGGAUACAGGAGCACCAGGAGGAGUCUCAGCCAGAGGAGGUUCAGGAUUGGUCGAGCCUGUUGGAGGAAGGGGAGGAGCUGAUCUACCUGUCAAACUCAGACUCCGCCUCCAUCAGUAACCUGCAGGUGUUCUGCUUCACCAGUGAGGAAGACGAGGAGGAGGAAGCUCAGAGUCUUGAUGCUCAAAACACCACAGAAGAAGACAGAGGAGGAGCUGCUGAGGACGCUGUCAACGAAACAUCUGAGACAGAAUCUGCAGGUUCAAAGGAGGAAGAGGCGGAGCAGGAAGUAGCAGCUGGAGAAGAAGAACAACAGCAGGCCUCCCACACAGAGGGGGAGGAGCCAGAGGCAGAUCAGCCCACCCCCGCUGCUGCUCAGAGCCAAUCAGAGCCAACCAGGAAGAAGAUCAGCUACGCUCAGCUGGUGAAGGAAGGACGCAGGUUUAACAUCGACCUGGUCUCCAAGCUCAUGUAUUCUCGCGGCUCAUUGGUCGAUCUGCUCAUCAAAUCAAAUGUCAGUCGUUAUGCAGAGUUCAAGAACGUCACCAGGAUACUCACCUGUCGCCAAGGAAAUGUGGAACAGGUGCCCUGCAGCAGAGCGGAUGUCUUUGCGAGUCGUCAGCUGUCUGUGGUAGAAAAAAGGAAGUUGAUGCGUUUCCUCACUUCCUGUGUGGAAGACACGGAGGAGCAGCUAGCCUACAAUGGUCGGCCAUAUGUGGAGUUCCUGCGUGAUCAGCAGCUUAGUGACAACCUGCAGCACUUCCUGCUUCACUCCAUUGCCAUGGUAACAGAGGACACGCCCACAGAGGAGGGCCUCGCCUCCACACGUCACUUCCUGCGCUGCCUGGGUCGCUACGGAAACACGCCCUUCCUGUUUCCUGUCUACGGCCUGGGAGAGAUACCCCAGUGUUUCUGUAGGAUGUGUGCUGUGUUUGGAGGUAUCUACUGUCUGAGACACUCAGUCACUGCUCUGCUGGUCCACAAAGACACCAACAGAUGUAAAGCGGUGAUUGACAGCCGAGGACAGCGAAUCAGCUGCAGCUACUUUGUUGUGGAGGAAGGCUUCGUUGGAGCUGACAGGAAGAAGGUGGCCACACCCACCAGGUUUCUCUCCAGAGCAGUUUUGAUAACAGACAGCUCCGUCCUGCCCAGUGACUCAGACCAACAGGUCUCCAUGGUAACGGUUCCUCCAAUAGCAGCAGGAUGUCCAGCGGUGAAGAUGGUGGAGCUCUGUUCGUCCACGAUGACCUGCAUGCCGGGAACAUAUCUGGUCCAUCUCACCUGUCAGUCAGUUGGCUCCGCCUACGAGGACCUGUUGCCGGUGGUUACCAGGAUGUUCCGCAGGCCAGAGUCACAUGACCAAGAGACCUGUCCAUGUGUCCUCUGGUGUAUGUACUUCAACAUGGCCGACGGUUCGGGGCUGGAGGUGGAAGGUCAUGACCUCCCGUCUAACGUGUACAUGUGCUCUGGACCUGACGGAGCUCUGGGACACGAACACGCGAUCAAACAGGCCGAGUCCAUCUUCCAGAAGAUCCUUCCUGAGGAGGAUUUCUGUCCUCCUGCUCCCAACCCUGAAGACAUUAUCUACGAUGGAGAGAACCCCUCCUCCACCGGAGAGGAGGAGAAGGAUGGAGAGGAGGAGGAGGAGAAGGAUGGAGCAGCAGAGGAGGAGAAGGAUGGAGAGGAGGAGGAGGAGCGGAGCCUUCAGACUGAGGAGUAACAUGUCUAAAUAAAGAACAAACCCUCCUGCAGUCAGUCGUGGGUUAAAGUUGCCUUCUCGUUUAUCGUCUUAAAUCUUUAUUAUUUUUCUAUCAUUUGUUAUUUUUCUGCUUCCUGUCUUAUUUAAAUAUUGUAAACAGAGUUUGUUCUGUGGAAACAUUAAAGCUUCAACAUGAA